AUUAACUUAAAUCAGAAUAUUUUCAGUAUUUUGGACAAGCCAAAACCUGCAUUUUAAAAUACAAAUCCUACUGUUUUAUAGAUAUAAUCAUAUAAAUAUUAUGAAAUGAAGAGUAAUCAACAAAAACGAGGCGCUGAAAAUAUUUUUUGACUAUUGCCAAUGGACUGGGAGACAACAUUCUAUUCUAUAGUGAAAGAGACGGAUGAAAAUUUAACUAAAGCCAAGGAUAAACUGAUCAUUAGGCCUGGUCCAUUGAACACUUUAGAUCAAAGAAAAACUUUCACAAGACCAACCCUCUCUGUGCCACCCAUUUUAUCCAGCCAAAAUUUUGACUCUAUGCUAAAUUCAUCAUACUUAAAGGAGCGUUCAGCAGAUCAAACAUAUUUGACUCCAUUUGAAAAUUCCAAUGUAAAAAUGACUUCCAUCAGUGGAUAUCAGGUGCAACACAUGCAAGAGCAAAUAAAUACUCAAAAUAGAACAAUUGAAAAGCUGCAGAAACUAGUUAGAUCACUGGACAAUGAAAGAGACUUUUACAAGCAGCAAAUUUCUCAUUUGAAAGGUGAAGUAGAGACACUAACAGACAAAAUGAGCAGUGCUCUAAAAUUUGCCAACAAUGAGUGGCAGAUGUCAAGCAUUAAAAGGGAAGUAAUGCAUGAAAUAGAAAAAGUAAAGACAAUGCUACAUAAUGUCACAAAGCAAGGAAGAAAGCAAAUAUUACCAGUGACUCCAGCUUUUGAUGCAGAUUUCUGGGCAGUCAAAGAAAAUUUUUCUCAGGGACUUGAUCAAGUAAGACAAGAAUUAACACUAAUGAAUAAGAGGAUUGAUAGAAUGGAAUCUCAAACUGUGUCAGAAAAUGUUGAAAAACUGGACACAUUAUCAAAGAAUUACCAAAGCAGAAGUAAAAAAACAUUGCCUUUAUAUUCUCCAUUGCCAGUACCUCUCCACUAUAACAGUUCAGAUGUACAACAACUCAGAAUGGCAGUGAGUUCUGUGAGUGCAAAGCUGGACAGCCUGGAGAAAAAACUAGAUGCAUCCGUUGUUGCUGGCUCAUCAUACCGCUCAGGUCGUCCGUAUACAUCCUACAAAUCAACCACUAGCACCCCUGGUAGAAGAACAUCUAGGAACAGUUUGUUAGAUGAUCUUAGCCUAUCUGAUGUCUCCAGUUGUAGUGAUUUGGAACUAGAUGGUGAGUUUGACGUGCACAAGAACAGACCAAGAAGAAUUUCCUUUAGUCGACCAAAUUCUGCCACCAAAACUAGGAGUUUGUACAAAAAGAACUAUAGAAGAAAAGAUGAAGACCUUGAUUUCAGUGACCUUGAUCUUAGUGAUGUAGAUGAUUUGGAGUAUGACAAUCUAGACCUUGACAUUUGAAAGGACCAGCAAUGUAAAAGUAGAUGUCCAAUAUCUUUAAUAAUAUGCUCAAUAUUUGUAUCUAUAUUUUUAGUAUAUAUACUAUAAUUUUGUAAUAUAAGGUUUUUAGCUUUACACUGUUGUCAUGUUGUAACAUGUAAAAUGAAGUAUAACAUUUCUGUUGGAGCACCAAUCAAAGCUUUAACUGUGAUGUUAGCUUCAUAAAUGUUUAAAAAGUAAAAUCCAUCUCUAUUUAAAAAGAAAUAUUCAACCUAAACACAUAAUUUUCAGUUCACUGCAUAUUAACACAGUAUUUACACUUUUUUAAAAUGUCAUCAGCAUUUUAUGUAACCAGCAUGCAAGGCUUACUACUUUACUACACUACCCACACCUAUAUAAAACACUGGUAAUUUGCAAUACUCUUCCCAAGAGUAAAUUCUACAAAUCUUUAAAAAUGAUUUUUAAGUUGUAGAUUGAUGCUAAAGACAUAUGGAAUAUUUAUUGAUCAUUCACUCAAAUGAUAUUCUGUCUUGCAUUUUCUGUGCUGUACCAAUGAUUUUGAAACAUUCCUACAUGUAACUGGAAUAUUGGUCACUGAAGCCAUUUUUAAUACUGGCCACAAAGUUCAUUAGAAAAGAUUUGUAGUUAAAGGGUGGUCAGUUCCAAUUCCACAGUAUGAUUUUACAGCAUUAGGUGAAUUUUAGUAUGCCCUAGGAACUAGCCAGGCAUUUGAAUACAAACAAGUCAGGAUAAAACUAUUAGCACUGGUGAACUGUUCAAAGCCUAGUGCAGCCUUACAGUUAAAUUUGAUUUAAAUAAUUAUUAAAUUACCAGUACAA